ACUUGCAGUUGGUACGACCUACGACUCCCGAGUCGACUCAACUUGUUCGCACCGCGAUCAAACGAAAUAUGUAAAGGGCCAUAAAGGAGGGAAGGAGAACAAAAGGAAGAAGAAACCCGGCAGCCGGAAAGUAGUCGGAGAAAUUUUAGUCCACGGUUUGGGCCGGAGUGUGCUUGUGUGCAGCUAGAGGAUUCUAGUAGACACGGAGCGCGUCCUACGACGCCAUCCCGCGUACCCGUGAGUGAGCAACAUGCGGUGCAUUCCCGCGGACCUAUGGCAGCGCAUCCCACGGCGCCACCCCGCGGACCUAUGGGUCCGCAACCUGCGGCGCCGUCCCGAGGACCUCUGGGUGUGAAACCCUCGGUGACAUCCCGUGGACCAGUCCGCGCGGCACCUUUGGCGUCUCCUCGAGGACCUGGUGCGACAACAUCAGCGCUGCCCAGCGGUCCCGUGAGUGUGGUAUCCUCGACUCCAUCCUCGGCUCCAUCCCGCGGGCCUAUGGACGCGGUACCCAUUGCUUCGACCCGCGUUACCUUCAAACCUUCUCCGGAUGUUCGUUCCGCGGCCCCUGUGAGGCCUUUAGUACAGAAGCCCGUCGCCGUGGAUCAGCCGCAGACGAAGUGCCCUGUCAAUAAGACCACACCGCUUCCUCGCGACCCGGCCAGCCCGCAGAGAACGAUCAGUCACAUCCGGCGCCCGAUGGAGCCCGCCCGCUUGAGGAAGGCACUGGCUCUUCAGAGGCCAGCAGCAGGGCCCUUGAAAUCUCGCAUCCCCGUGCGGUCUGCUAACCCCCGGGUCACGGUGCGCCCGGCCGGACCAACUCGCAGAGAACCGUUCACAGAUCCUCCGCGAGACCCUCCUCGGCCCCAGAGGACCACCAGAACACUGGUGCCACCCUCGCCCCUUGACCCACCGGCGACGCUAGCCGAACCGCCCACUCCCUUUAACGCCCCUGACACCCGCCCCCACGUCAAAUCUGCUGCAAAAUCGGCCGCUUGCCGUAAGUUGGCCAAGCAAGACGUGCCGCAGGCCGGCCAAGCCACCGGCAACACCGCGGAGGCCGUGGAGCUGCCGCAGCCCCGGAUAGUGACCACGCCGCCGAGACCCGUCCAGGCGCCGGGCAGGUGGCGCGCGAGCGUCGUCCCGGUGCCCUGCUGCACGGAGCGCUGCCCGCUGGCCUCCCACAGCCCCCCGCGCACCCGCGUGGAGACUCCCUGCGGCGACCUGCACUGCCCCUUGGACCCGGCGCCCGCGGCCUCCUCCGCUGUAGAGCCGCCGCCCCGGCCCCGCACCUCACGCCAGGCCGCACCUGCCCGUCGGGGACGGGCAUCCUCCACACGCCAUCGGGCCUCCAGGAGGCCACCGCGACCCUCACCCCCUGUUAGGAACUCCGCGACUCGCGCGCGCCGCCUGCGACCUGUCAAAGUGCGAAGACCAAUGAACAGAGCGGCAGGGUUCUUUCUAUGAGUGUGCUACUUUUGCUCUACACAUAGCUCGUGUAGAAUUAUUUUUAAAGGCUUUGACCGAAAGCUUAAGUGAAAAUUUGUGUUCUUCAUAUUAUUUUGUGACUUGUUUUUAUAUAUCUGACGCAAUCCUAUUUCAUUUUUAUGCAGGUGAAAGGUAUAGUUAGUAUCUUUACGAAUUUACUCCAAC